AUGACGAUUAGCAGGCAAGGAAAAAAGCAAAAGGUUUUGAUGUUCCCAUGGUUAGGCCAUGGUCAUAUUUCUCCUUUCCUAGAACUAGCCAAGAAACUCAACAACACAAACCUCUUCGACAUCUACCUUUGCUCAACUCCGGCUAACGUCAGUUCGAUCAAGAAACCGUUAGCAAACGAUGGUUCACUCGCAGUUCGGUUCAUAGAGCUUCACCUCCGGGAACUACCGGAUCUACCACCACACCUUCACACCACCAAUGGUCUCCCUCUGCAUCUUAUGCCCACUCUUAAAAAAGCUUUCGACAAGGCAAGUCCUAAGUUUUCAAGAAUCUUGGAAGAAUUACAACCCGAUUUGCUCAUUUACGAUCUUAUUCAACACUAG